AUGGCGGCGGACAGUGCGUUGGCCUCUCUGGGGCCGGAGGGAGCUAUGGCUGCGGCUCACGCGCUGUCUCUUCCCGCAGACGCCUAUGGAAAUGAUCCACGACUUGAAGCAAUGUGGGCAAUAAAGGCCUCUGAGCACGCAGAAGUUUACUUCAAUCUCAUAUCAUCCGUGGAUCCCAAAUUUCUAAAACUGACCAAGGUGGAUGACAAUCUGUACACCCUGUUCAAAGAAACGUUCAAAGAUAUUGAUAUAAAAAUUCUGAAAACAGAAGACCUUAAAUCAAAUGAAGCCAAAGAGAGAUGGCGACCCUUUUGCAACCAGUUUGAAGGAAUUGUUGAAGAUUUUAACUAUGGCACCCUUCUUCGAUUGGACACUGAAAAAGAGUACACCGAGGAAAACACAAUAUUUGCCACACGAGUGCAGUUUUACGCUAUAGAGAUUGCCCGCAACAGAGAUGGCCUCAAUGAUGCGGUGUUCAAAUCCAAGAGUAACAGAUGA